AUGAUAUCAAAUAUCAUAACAGACUAUUCAGCAACUAUCCAUCCUUCCACUCUGUCGGUACCUUAUGUCAGAUCGAGCGUGGUAGACUAUUAUUAAAUCUUUCCGCGUUUGUUAAUAAACGUAUAACAAUUAUUACAUUUGUUAAUCCUUGCUGCGCGCGACGCGUAGAGUAGUGGUUGAGUCCCGGAUCACGGAUAUUGAUACCAAGGCCUUGGCGGGAUCCGACCUGGAUGGCUACGGAAGCAAGUCCUCAUUUCAAUUCUGAAUACUGCUGCUGAUUCACUAUAAGAUUUCAACCAAAAUCUUAGAAAUAAACUACCUACCUAGCUUACUGCCCGUUCAUUGUUAGACAUCUUCGGGGAUAAUACUCAAUGAAUCCCCCCCGCCGAUAUCUCCGUGAUAUUUAAGGUUUAUCUAGCCUUUUGGUGAUGACUUAACUGUAUCCGGUUCCCUAAGACAUAUCCAGUCCCUCAAUAUGUCAACCCUGUCUCCGCUCGAUAGGCUUAUGCCUCGCGGUUACGUCCGCCAGAUGUUCUGCUUCCCUUCGACACAUGCCGACGUUUCUCAUAUACUUAAAACUAGCCUAGCUGGAGUUGUCGCUGAUGUUCCUUACCUUCUCUCUGAAAUUAUUAUCAGCGACGAUCACAGACACAUUUCCCUCAGUAAACCUUACCAGAGUCUCAAAGAUCUAUUUUCAGAGCAAGACAUUUCAAAUGCUGUCGACUAUGCUACCCUUAAACAACAACACUUCCCCCCUUCGGCGUUUACUGUACCCGGAAUCAUACCUCCUGACACUCAACCUCCAUUCCCAAACCCGGCGCCAGUAUUUCGUGCAAGAUUAGCCCUCGUCAAUAGAGGAUUCAUCUUGUGUGUCGCGGUUCACCACUGCACAACUGACAUCACCGGAUUCGGAGCUUUGCUUAAAAUCUGGGCUUCUUACUCUCGGACAAGCGCAUCCACUAUAGGAUUUGGCCCGGAUUGGUUGGAUCGCAAAGCCCUGCUCGAGCAAUUUCACGCUUCUGACCAGCGGGCCCCAGCUUCAAUCCCCGAACUCCUUCACGUUCAAGAAAACAUCGUCAAACCUAUUGGCUCAUCCUUUCAUUCUCCUAAUUGGACGACUGGUAUUUUUUUCUUUCCGCAAAAGACCUUACAGAGCUUGAAGCAAGCUAUCAAUCAGUAUAUCGCUUCGCAAGAUGCUGAAGGCUGGGUUUCUUUAGGCGACAUUCUCACAGUAUUGCUCUGGAGUGCAAUACUAGUAGCCGAAUCAGAUCCAAAUACCGAUAUAAAGGGUACCAGCACGAUAGGUUUCCCUGUGAACUUCCGUUCGCGGUUGAAUCCUCCCCUAUCUCCUAAUUACCUCGGCUCUGCUUUUGUUAUGGCAGUUGCUACGUGUUUACGAGAGGAUUUGAUAUUUGCUAAAAACGCCAGCCUUCCCAGCGGCGACAUGACGCUGGAUUCUGCCUCGAUCUCGGCGUUGGCUAAAAUCGCCACUACAAUUCGCACCUCUCUGCAUCAAGUUGAUGGGGAGCGCGUGCGGGACGUACUACUAUACCUAGAUGCUGCACCCGACAACCAUCCUCCAAUCACACUAGGGCCGCCCCAUGAUGGCAUUUCUAUAGUCUCAUGGGCAGACCAGGGUGCAUACGAAUUGGAUUGGGGCAGUAUCAUUGGAAAGUGUGACGCCAUUAGACUACCGAAGUUGAUGAAUAAGAGAUAUCCUAUAGUCCUCCCUAGGGUCCCCGCAACCGCGGACGGGGAUGGAGGUUUAGAGGUUAUCGUCUGUUUUGAUCGGCCGGUAUGGGAAAGAUUCAGACAGAGUUGGCCGAUCUGCCAAUUCGCGACACUUCGAUGCUAUUCUUAAACAUCGAGAGUAGAUCAUCUAUAUAAUGCAGUGAAACCGAAAAGUCGCUUUGCCGGGCAUGUUCUCGUCAUUCGUUCGCAAAACCUUCGUCGACCCAAUGCAAACAUGUCCCCAGUAGUGCGUUUUUAUUACCUAGGUAGCUAGGUGUUAGGUGCCUACUUAGGCAUGUAAGCACUGGAAGUUGUACGCUGAAAAUCACAAUUAUAGCGAAUUUCAGCUCAUAGAGCGCAUAUUCCGUUGUACCUACGUGCGAGUACCUAGAGCCCUAUAGGUGUUCAGGAAAGUGUUCUAGUAGAAGCCCCCGAGCGUGCGACUGCCGCCUGUUAUGAGCGCUGAGCGCUAUAUUCUAGGAAGUCUUGGGGUAGAGCCCGCCGGACUUAAAGUGACUUCCGAUGUUUAGGUCUCCUGCGGGUAUACAACCCCGCAACUCGAGCCCGCACGAAGGCUUUAGGCCUCGCAAUAGGGCUAAGUCUUGUAAACACCGCAUAGGUACCUAUAGAUGCGUUAUAAUCGACCUCUAGAGCCGCAAGGUUCACUAUACCUGCCCAGGCAUUUAUAGGAAGCAC